AUGCUGCAACUCGUUCGCGGCCCGCGCGGUCGCGGAUUGGCCGUGCGACGGGCCGUGCGAGAGGGCGAGGUGCUGCUGGACGAGGCGCCUCUGCUGCUAUACGUCGACGACGAUGUGUGCGACCACUACUGCUCGCACUGCCUACGGUGCCUCCCCACCGCCACCAGCCCCGCGGAUGCCGCCGCCCCGCCCUCCCCCCUCCCCUCCGCCAUUCCCCUGCGCUGCCCCCACUGCCGCAUCUGCUCCUUCUGCUCCCCCGCUUGCCUCGACCAAUCACAAGCGGCCACACACACCCCCUUCCUCUGCCGCGCGCUCUCCCUCCUUCCCCCGCGCUCCGCCACGUCAGCUUCCGCUGGUGGUGAACCAUCCGCACCACAGCCAAUCAACGGGGAGACGCCAGAUGACACGUCAGCUGGUGGUGAAGCUGACAGCGAAGCAGCGCUGCUGAGCAGCGAGGACAGGACAGCUGUCCGCUUCCUAUUGGCUGCGUACGACCUGCUGGUGCAUCCGCGCGCGCUUCCCCCUUUGGCGGAGGCAGUAUGGGGGGAGGAAUUGGCGCAGAGAGCAGGCGGCGGACGGGGCACUAAGGGGGAGGCUGGGAGGGGAGGGGAGGAGGCAGAGGGAGGGGCAGGGGGGGACGGCGGGAGGAGGGGCGAGGGCGCACAUGAAGGAUCCACCAUAAGCGCUCCUUCGUGGGAGGUCACGCGGGCGCUGCUGGCUCGAGACACGCGCAACAGCUUUGGAGUGAUGGCGCCGUUCAGCCCGGGGGGGGAGAGGGCUGUGAGGGGGUAUGCCGUGUACGGCGCUGCCUCGCUGGCCAACCACUCGUGCUACCCCAAUGCCUGCAGGUUUGAUUAUUUUGACUCCUCGCUGCCUGCCGCUGCACUCCCCACCAGCACCAGCAGCAGCAUUGCCGCCAAUGCCAGCGGGGGGUUCAGCAGCAGCACGCACAUGCAGCUGCGGGCGAUGAGGGACCUGGAGGAAGGAGAGGAGGUGGUGGUGUCGUACUUCCCCCUGGGCUGGCGCCUGGGGGAGAGGAGUGCCCGGGUGAAAGAGGAGUACGGGUUUGAGUGCGGUUGUGAGCGGUGUGAGCUGGAGCGACGGAUAGGUGGUGAUGAGAGUGAGGAGGACGAGGAAGGGGAGGAUGAGGAGGGCGAGGCAGGGAGCGAUGGAGAGGAAGAGAAGGAAGAACCAGUUGAUUCGGAUGGGGGGGAGGAGGAAGGUGGGGAAGGGGAGAGAGUGGCAGGGAAGGGAGUAGCAGAUGGGAAGGGCAAAGGGAAAGCAGCAGUGGAUGCUGACGAGGCAGAUGAUGCUGCUGACGGGGAUGACAGUGACGAGGACGAGGAUGGGCAGACUGCUGACGUGUCAGAUGCUGAGCUGGCGCACGCACUGUUCUUCAUGAAGCACCUGUGUGCCAUGGAGGGGUGUGGCGGCACCAUGGCAGCCAAGCCAGGGAGGUGGAUGGGUGGAAGGGGGGGAGGGGGGGGUGAGGGUGGAGGGGAGUAUGAGGUGGCAGAUGACAUGGAGUGUAACAUGUGUGGUGCGCUGCAGUCUCGACAUGAGCUGCUGAAUGCUUUGUGCUCUUAG